UAUUUGACAACCAAGGCAGCCAUAUCCUUUGUUCUCCCGGUCCAUCCAUUUGUACCCGGCAGAGCACCAGCGCCGGUUCAACGUCGAUAACUACAAGGUCCCCUAGACAAGAUGAAUAUCAUCUACUCGACAGUCAAUACGAUCCGGGACAAGUACACCCCCGUGAGCCACACAUCUACCUUUCGAAAGACCGGCCAGAUCACCCCCGAAGAGUUCUUAGCAGCAGGAGACUACCUCGUCUUCAAGUUUCCUACUUGGUCUUGGGCGGACGCCGACUCGGAAUCGAAGCGCGUAAGCUACCUACCGCCCGGCAAACAGUUCUUAGUCACACGCAACGUUCCUUGCAAUCGCCGCCUCGACGAGGAUUUCGCAGGAGAUGCCGGACAUGAAGAGGCAGUUGUCGGUGAUGGUGACGGCUUCAACCAGAAGGGUCGCACGGACGACGACGAUGGGUGGCUGCGCACCGGUGGUCUAAGCAGCUCACAACCACUCAAAGCUAGAGACGUUCGCACCGUCGACGACGCGGGCAACGUAGGAGAUAGUUUAGACGACGAGGACGAAAUCCCAGAUAUGGAGGAUGAUGACGACGACGAAGCCAUCAUUCGAGACACCGACCCCCAGAAGAAAACAGGAGCUCGCCGUACAUACACCCUUUACAUAAUGUAUUCGCCCUAUUAUCGAACACCUCGCCUCUACCUGUCGGGCUAUUCCGAAGGACAGCCCCUCGCCCCUCAUCUUAUGAUGGAGGAUAUUGUUGGUGACUACAAAGACAAAACAGUGACUUUAGAGGAUUUCCCUUUCUUUGCCAACAAUGUCAAGAUGGCCAGCGUGCAUCCCUGCAAGCACGCGUCCGUCAUGAAGACCCUUUUGGACCGAGCGGACGCUGCUCUAAAGAUUAGGCGCGACAAACUGAAGUCGGGUAAGGCAGUCGGAAACGACCCGGGUAUGGAGGGUCUUGUAGAUGAAAUCAAUAAAUUGGACAUCAAGAGUGCCGAAGCUGCUGCCGAGUCUAGCAACGAUGAUUGGGAAGAGGUUGAGGUAGAAGAUCAAGAGGUAGCCAUUCGGGUUGACCAAUACCUGGUAGUAUUUCUAAAGUUCAUGGCUAGCGUCACCCCUGGCAUCGAGCAUGAUUUCACCAUGGGCGUGUAAUUGUUCAUACAUGUUGCUGCAUUUAUCUAGGAUUAAUAAGCCUAUCAAUUGAUGGGAUGUUCCGACGGCGUUCAGGAUUUGGAUGGGGCGGUAAUGAGUAGAGCAUAGGGUCGGUUCUUGUCUGUCUGUCUGUCCGUCUAUCUGGUCGGCAGGCUGUUUAUGUAGAGGAUACUAGUAUGUGAUGAGUUAAGCUGAACAAGCCCUUGCGUCGCGCCACCCAUCCCGACACAAAGGCGAGGACAUGAAUUUUGCCUGGCACUUCUGUCCUACUC